AUGAUUACAACAUCAGUCGCUAGGACAAAGAGUAUUUUUCACACGAUAUUUUUAACUGCUACGAGUUCAGAAUCAGUAGUUGUUUUUUUGCAUGGGCUUGGAUCAUCUCAAAACUUCUAUUAUUCGAUUGCGAAAAAGCUCUCGUCCGAGCAUACUUGUAUUGUGCUUGACAAUAAUGGUGCUGGGAGAACACCGCUAUCGAGCCCUGACAUUUCUAUUGAAUCUAUGGGCCAAGAUGUGUUCAAUUUGUUGUUAGAAUUGGAUCUUUCGCGUAGGCAAAUAACUCUAGUUGGACACUCAAUGUCAGGAAUGAUAGUUAAUUAUAUGAAUAAUGAAUUCAAACAAAAGUUGAACAUUAAGCAGAACGUACUUUUGGGUCCAGUUCAUCCAACAGAGAAGAUUUCAGAAGUUUUCGACCAAAGAAUCCAAGCUGUUCAGAAAGCUAAUUCGUUAUCAGACAUAGCAAACUCGGUUCUGGAAAAUGCAGUUGGAACUAAUUGCACUGACCUCAGAAAAGCAUUUAUUCGUGAACUUGUUUCUGGCCAGACUAUCGAGGGCUAUAUAGCCAAUUGUAGAGUUAUUUCAAAAGCAGGACUUCAAUCAGAUGAGUUUUUGGACUUAUAUAAAAACAACGACAAGAGAACAUUGCUUAUUAUUGGGGAAGAUGAUAAAACUGCACCUUGGGAUGGGUGUGUUUCCUUAAUAAGCGAUAACCUUCAAAGCAGUGAAGUAUAUCUGUUAAAGGGUGUUGGCCACUGGCAUGCUAUCGAAGACGACGAACAAGUGUUAAGGGCUAUUCAGUCAUUUAUUAAAUAG